AUGGCGACAAACGGCACGCCUAGAGGCACCACCACCCAGAGUGUCGCCAACGGCCCGAUCAUUCAACCGCACGCUCGCCGACCUGUCAACGGACAUCUUGCGCAAGCGCUGCGUGGUGAGCUCGCCAACACCAGCAGCAAGGAGGCGCCCUCGACCGCACCACCACCACUCCGCACCAACAGCGGCUUCAAUACACCGGUCCCCGCCGACGAUGCUCCGCCGUCUGUCAAGGCCACGUCUGCCGCUCGUCGGGAACUGCGGCGGAAGGAGCGCAUGUUUCCAACAGUCGAAUAUUGGUCGAGAGUGUCGUACUUCGACCCCAAAAGCGACUACAGCAACUUCCGCGGCUUCUUCGUGCUGUUCUGGGUGGGCUUGGCGAUCAUGGUCAUCACCGCCAUGCUGCGGAACUUGAGAACGACGGGGAAUCUGCUCAGUUUCAAGCAGUGGCCGACGUUCACGCAGAAUAUCUGGGAGCUGGCGGCGGUCGACCUGCUCAUGUGCGCGAGCACGGGCAUCGAUAUGCCGCUGCACCUGCUGUACAAAAACAGCAAGGGCUGGCUUCGAUGGAAUAGGCUCGGCAUGCUCGUUCAGAGCGUGGUCCAGGCGGCAUGGCUCGCUUUCUGGAUCUCAUGGCCCUUUGUCAGGCAGUGGUCGUGGACGGCGCAAGUCUUCCUCACUCUGCAUACGCUGGCAAUGUUCAUGAAGCUGCACUCCUACGCCUUCUACAACGGUCACCUGUCCACGACGCUCAGCCGCCUCAAAGCGUUGGACAUGCCCAUCGAGCCGACAACACCCAUGACAGCCCCUCUCCGCUAUCCGACACCGCGCGACUACGUGCAAGAUGCUCGCCAGGAACACGAGGACUCCGAGUCACCAAUCGUAUCUCCAUUAAUGCAACUCCGCGAUGAUCUUGCCAAAGAGGUCACCUCUCCGCUGGGCAACGUUACUUAUCCGGACAACCUUACCCUUGCCAACUUCCUCGACUACCUGCUAUGUCCCACCCUAUGCUACGAACUAGAAUACCCGCGCACGCCCGAACGCAGCUACCUCGAGCUCUUCUACAAGACCCUCGCAGUCUUCGGCUGCAUCUUCCUCAUGAUCGUCACAAGCGAAGAGUUCAUCAUCCCCGUGCUGGACGACUCCCGGAUCCGGCUUGCCCGGACACGAAAUUGGAUCGAUGGGUCGUUGAUCUUCGCCGAAACCGUCAGCAGACUGCUUUUUCCUUUCAUGGUGACUUUCCUUCUCGUCUUCCUGGUCAUCUUCGAAUACGUCCUUGGCGCUUUUGCAGAGAUCACGCGGUUCGCCGACCGACAAUUCUACUCGGACUGGUGGAAUAGUCUCGACUGGCUUGAGUUCAGCAGGGAGUGGAACAUCCCGGUCCACAACUUCUUCCGGCGCCACGUGUAUUCUGCUUCGAGAGGUGUGAAGCUCAGUCGUCCGGCGUCGACGGCUAUAACGUUCUUCAUCAGUGCCGUGGCGCAUGAACUGGUCAUGGGAUGCAUCACGAGGAAGUUCAGGGGCUAUGGUUUUAUACUGAUGAUGAUGCAAAUACCCUUUGUGGCAAUUCAACGCCUGCCGUGGGUACGGAAGCAGGAGCUGCUCAAUAAUGUUAUGUUCUGGAUCUUCAUGAUCAUGGGGCUCAGUUUGUUGUGCGCGUUGUACGUGCUCGUAUAG